GGGACCCCUACUGACUCCGGGCCCUCGGGCAGUGCCCGAGUUCUCAAAUGGUCAGUCCACCCCUGUUCAGGGUGUAACAUGGUAUAUGUAUAGACCGGCCCACCCCGCUUCCCCACUGACAGCUAGCGGGGGAUUUUCUCUGUGAAUGAGAAACUACAAGUCCUGACAGCCUUAGUGGCUGUCGGUUUGUAGUUCUUAAUGAACUACCAGAGUGCUGUGGAGCGCUGUGGUAGUUCACUGAUUCUUCCUGUCAGUAUAUCUGCUUGCCCGUAUAUCCUGUACAGCAGGGGUGUCAAGCUAGUGGCCCUCUAGCUGUUGCAGAACUACAAAUCCCAUCAUGCCUCUACCUAUGGGAGUCAUGCUUGCAGUCCAGUGCAGCCCCCAGCCCCAACAGUGUCCAUCAGUGCAGUCCCAACAGCAUCCAUCAGUGCUGCCGGUCAGUGUCCUUCAGGCUGCCAGUGAUCAUCAGUGCCCCCAGUCAGUGAUCAUCAGUGCCGCCAGUCAGUGUCCAUCAGUGCUGCCAGUCAGUGCCGAUCAGUGGCGUCUAUCAGUGCCCAUCAGUGCAGCCUUAUUAGUGCCCAUCAGUGUUGCAUAUCAGUGUCCACCAGUGAAGGAAACAAUUACCUGUUUGCAAAAUGUUAUAACAGAAACUCAGAAAUUUUUUUUUUCAACAUUUUUGGUCUUUUUUCAAUUGUUUAGCAAAAAAUAA